AUGAUGAGCAGCAGCGGUACCCAGGUGGCCCCAGGAAAUGCUCCGCCAUCUGUGCAGGAGGCCGAGCGGCUUAUGAUCAAUGAGGAGUACAAGAUUUGGAAGAAAAAUGCGCCGUUUUUAUAUGAUGUGAUUAUCACGCAUGCCCUCGAAUGGCCCUCGUUGACUGUUGAAUGGCUCCCUGAUAUGGAGCUCCAGCGCGAAAAGGGAGUUGCAGUGCAGAGACUUGUACUCGGAACACACACUUCAGGCGGGGAACAGAAUUAUCUGCAAUUGGCCUCUGUGAUUUUGCCUCUUGAGAUGGAGCAGCCAGACACGAGAAAAGCAUCUGGAGAGCCCGGUUCACUUGCUUUUAUGGGAGGGUAUGGCGCAUCGCCUGAUUGCCGCAUUUUGAUCACCCAGCGGAUUCUGCAUGAAGGCGAGGUCAACAGAGCAAGAGUGAUGCCGCAGAACCCGUGUCUUAUUGCCACUAGAACCGUUUCUGGCCCGGUGCAUGUAUGGGAUUAUACGAAGCAUCCAAGCAAACCAAAGGACGAUGUCGUUCGUCCAGAUAUUGUUCUUUCCGGACAUACCCGCGAAGGAUAUGGGCUCUCAUGGAAUCCCCAACGCACCGGGCAUCUUGUAACAUGCGGCGAAGAUCAAAAGGUCAUGCUAUGGGAUGUGGCAUCUGCUUCCAAGGAAAAUCUCGCGCUUGACCCGCUCGUCACCUUUGAAGGUGGUCAUACGGAGGUUGUUGAAGAUGUUGCAUGGAACCUCAUGAAUGGAACGAGCACAAUUGUCUCUGUGGGAGAUGAUAAAAAAAUCAUCUUUUGGGAUCCACGAGCUCCUAAACCAACGGCCAUCAUUACGAAUGCCCAUAAAGGAGAGAUAAAUUGCGUCUCUUUCUCCCCGAUGGAAGAGCAUUUCUUUGUGACUGGGUCGGCUGAUCGGACUGUUGCACUUUGGGAUGCAAGACGAUGCAGCAGUGUUGAUGACCGUUUGCACUCGUUCGAAAUACAUGCUGACGAUGUGCUGCAGGUGUCUUGGUCUUCCCAUAGGAAGGGCGUCUUUGCCUCUGGUGGGGCAGACCGUCGUCUCAAUGUUUGGGAUGUAUCGAGAAUUGGCGCAGACCAAAGCGAGGAGGAUGCUGCGGAUGGGCCUCCAGAGCUCCUUUUUGUGCACGGGGGCCACACAUCAAAGAUCUCCGAUUUUAGCUGGAAUUCGAAUGAUCCAUGGACUAUAUGCUCGGCCUCCGAAGACAAUCUCCUGCAAAUUUGGAAAAUGUCUUCCGAAAUCUACGAAGGCGGUGACGAGACUGACGAAGAAGGAAGUUAUGAGGAGGCCGCCGAUGAAGAGGAUCGUGAUGAUGACAACCAGUGUUUGGGCCCUGCAGAAAGUGAGAUGAAGAGGCAACUGGAAAGAAGCAAUAAUCAAGAAGGCCUUCAUUUUGAAACCUUGGGAGAAACAUCCAUCUUCCAUAAAAAAGAGGCGGCACAGCAAAUUCAGGAAGACGAUUUCGAUUCUUUCUCUUCGAGCGUUCCUUCUGCAAUACCUGAUUCUAAAGCCAGCCACUCGACAGAGGGCGUUGAUUCCGGUUUCUCCCCUCAGACGAAGGCUGAAGAUGCCAUUUUAAAAGAGGAAGAAGAUAGCCCUCAUCCUAAGAGACACGCGCUAGAAGAGGAUAUACUAAAUUAUCCUACUGACAGGAAGGAUCAUCCGGAUGCUGAAUAA